AUGAAAUCUCCUAUCACUUGCCAUGUUCUUGACACAUCCACUGGGCGGCCUGCCCAAGGAGUUAUUAUCAAAUUGCAACAAUACGAAGAAACGGAGGGUGAUGCAUUCUUGUUCACUCCUAUAGCCAAAGGCGAGACAGAUUUUGAUGGACGAUGCACAGAUCUCCUGCCUCCGAUAACCUCAACAGAGACCAAGGACUUGCUAAAGCCUGGGCUCUAUAAGAUGAUCUUUAGAACAAAGGAAUAUUUUGAUAGCCAGUGUGUUAAGACUUUCUAUCCAUGGGUUGAAAUCACAUUUGAACUCUCAAACCUUUCAGAACAUUACCACAUACCGCUACUCAUAAGUCCAUACGGAUUCACGACUUACCGAGGCAGUUGA